AAAAAGAGGAAGGAAGAGGAGAAGAGGAGAAGCAGGCGGCGCAAGGGACAGUAGCAGCGGUCGUCGUCAUGACGCGCGGCAAUCAAGUAGCACCCAGAAGGCUCUGGCGAAAAAGUUGUAUGACGUCCGUCAAAUCGUGUGUCCCUCGUUCCUUCUGUGGCUUGGUGCAGCGUGACAAGGACCGUCAGCGAGCGGCGGCACGGGCCAAGCAAGCUCCCAAGGGUAGGUACACACACACGAAUGUCAUAUGCCGUCGUCGUGUGUUCACGGCUGUUGCAACCGGGAUGCGAUGCGAUGCGGUUCAGGUGCGUGUUCUCAGCUUGACGCCAACAAGAAGGCGCUGACGAUAGUGUGCAGCAUCUGCAAGCAGCAGUUCAUGGGGACGAGCAGUGCGUCCAUCCUGAACCAGCACGCCGAGUCCAAGCACCCCAAGAGCUCCGUGACCGACUGCUUCCCCCACCUCGGAGGCGGCAGCUGACACACACCAACCAGCGACUGACACCACACCAGCUAAGGGCAGAGGGCGGCACGCAGUCUGACGAGUGAUGGGGGAGACAGACAACGAUUGGUGCGGGCAGGUUUAAUUCAGAAGGCGUGUGUGUCUUGUGACUCCCUGUCCGUGGUGCAUGCCCGACUGACUGACACAGUGCCUUAGCAAGCGAUGGUAUUUUUCUUGUGUGUUCGAUGGCUGAUAUCCUUUUGG